CGUGCGUGAGUCCGGGGAAGGCGAGGCUGCCAGCUCGGUCCCCUCUCCUCCAGGGCGCCCUCCGUUCCGGUCGUUCUUUCUCUAACCUUGUAUCUCGGGACAGAGGCAUAGUCCGGGCCCGAAGCGAAGGCAGUUAAGAUGAUGUCGAGAGGAAACCUGAAGCAAGUGCGCAUCGAGAAGAACCCGGCCCGCCUUCGCGCCCUCGAGUCGGCGGCGGGCGACAACGACCCGGCGGCCGCGGCGGCGCUGGCGCUGGCCAUGGCCGGGGAGCAGGCGCCGCCCGUCGCGGCGUCGGAGGAGCACCCCGAGGAGGAGGUGGGGUUCACCAUUGACAUUAAGAGCUUCCUCAAGCCGGGCGAGAAGACCUACACGCAGCGCUGCCGGCUCUUCGUGGGCAACCUGCCCACCGACAUCACCGAGGAGGAUUUCAAGAGGCUCUUCGAGCGCUACGGCGAGCCCAGCGAGGUCUUCAUCAACCGCGACCGCGGCUUCGGCUUCAUCCGACUGGAAUCCCGAACACUGGCUGAAAUUGCAAAAGCAGAGCUGGAUGGCACCAUUUUGAAGAGCAGACCUCUCCGAAUUCGCUUUGCCACGCAUGGAGCAGCCUUAACGGUGAAGAACCUUUCUCCAGUUGUUUCCAAUGAGCUUCUAGAACAAGCCUUUUCCCAGUUUGGUCCAGUAGAGAAAGCUGUUGUGGUUGUGGAUGACCGUGGUAGAGCUACCGGAAAAGGAUUUGUAGAAUUUGCAGCCAAGCCUCCUGCCCGAAAGGCAUUGGAAAGAUGUGGGGAUGGAGCUUUCUUGUUAACAACAACCCCUCGUCCUGUCAUCGUGGAGCCUAUGGAGCAGUUCGAUGAUGAAGAUGGCUUGCCAGAGAAGCUGAUGCAGAAGACUCAACAGUAUCAUAAGGAAAGAGAACAGCCUCCGCGUUUUGCCCAGCCUGGGACAUUUGAAUUUGAGUAUGCAUCUCGAUGGAAGGCUCUUGACGAAAUGGAAAAGCAGCAGCGGGAGCAGGUUGAUAGAAACAUCAGAGAAGCCAAAGAGAAACUAGAGGCAGAAAUGGAAGCAGCUAGGCACGAACACCAGUUAAUGCUAAUGAGGCAAGAUCUCAUGAGGCGUCAGGAAGAACUUAGACGUUUGGAAGAACUCAGAAACCAAGAACUGCAAAAACGAAAACAAAUACAACUAAGACAUGAAGAAGAGCAUCGUCGACGUGAAGAAGAAAUGAUAAGACACAGAGAACAGGAAGAACUUAGACGACAGCAAGAGGGUUUUAAGCCAAACUAUAUGGAAAAUUUUAAAGGGAGCAAUCAAAUGAGAGAACAGGAAAUGAGAAUGGGUGAUAUGGGUCCCCGUGGAGCAAUAAACAUGGGAGAUGCGUUUAGCCCAGCACCUGCUGGUAACCAAGGUCCUCCUCCAAUGAUGGGUAUGAAUAUGAACAACAGAGGAACUAUACCUGGCCCACCUAUGGGUCCUGGUCCUGCCAUGGGACCAGAAGGAGCUGCAAAUAUGGGAACCCCAAUGAUGCCAGAUAAUGGAGCAGUGCACAAUGAUAGAUUUCCACAAGGGCCACCAUCUCAGAUGGGAUCACCUAUGGGUAGUAGAACAGGCUCUGAAACCCCUCAAGCACCAAUGAGUGGUGUUGGUCCUGUGACUGGUGGUCCAGGUGGUUUUGGCAGGGGAAGCCAAGGGGGCAACUUCGAUGGCCCUAAUAAGCGCCGUAGAUAUUAAAAUUCCUUUCAUUUCCGGCUCUCUAGUAAAAGAAAUCCAGUGGUAUGCCUUUACACCUUUAUGUGUUACCUGGAAGAAAUGGUUGUAUUGUUAAUGUAUGUAGAAUUUAAGACUUCUUUUGUAAAACUUGAGGUUUUGUAUUUUUCUUUAUUCAUAGCUUUGUAGAUUAAUAGAAUGGUGAUGCUCAUCAUUGUGAAUGUUAAAAUGUGUUUGUAACUUCAGCUGAAUAUAAGUAUGCCAGUACUGUGAACUCUGUAGUUAAUCUCAAUAAAGAAUCCAUUUUGAAUUAA